AUGGCAUCUGAGAAAACAGUGAUGGAGACUGAAAAUUUCUGGACGAUUCCUGAUUCUGAGAGCUAUGCAGUGGAAUCAGGCACAGAAAAAGGUAGAGUAUCAGUGUCUAAGCUACAUCUGAUACAAGUAGAAAAAACAGAAAAGCGAAGAUCUAAGAGAUAUAUGGAGGACUCUGAAUCUGCAACAAGUGAGACAGACUCAGAUUCAGAAAGACAUGAGCUAGCCUCAGCCGCUGUGAAAUGUUUCAUGGAUAUAAAAACUGCUAUUAACAAGCUCCCAAAGCAUUCUUGGUCUGAAAGAAGAACAGUGAACUCAGAUUCUGAAAGCCCUGUGAUGUCCUCUGAUUCUGCGAAGCACAUGAAGAAGGCUGAAAUAUGCAAAAGUUCCUGUAACUUAGAAAGACUCAAGGUGGCUCAUAAAUCUGAGUCUCUGCAGGAAUGGUUAGAUGCUAAAAGAAAACAGUUAGAUUCUGGUCAUAGUGGACACUGGGAUAGCUCUGGAAAAUACCAGUUUAGGUCUAUAGUACCUCAAGAUAGCUUUGGAAAAUGUCAGGGUGACCUUCAAACAUUUCAGAGUAUCACUGAAAAAGAUCAAGUAGACUCCAGUUCUGAAAAAUAUCAGAAAAAACCCGGAAAUGAAAGUGAUCAAAAUGAACCUGAAAGUAAAAGAUACCCCAUAAAGAGAGAGAAGGGAUUUGACAAUAAGGGGUUUCAAGUGGCUAAAGAAAGAGAACAUCUCUUGGAGACUGACCGCUAUGAUUCACAAAAAGAAGCACACCGGCUUGGUGCUCGUAGAAAGGAGAAUCGUCCUCCAGGUUUUUGGAGGCCUGUGAUCUUGACUCCUAAGCUUGGCCAGGAAAAGAAAACUGAAGAGCAUAAGUCUCUACAGCAAAAAGAUAACAGAUUUUGCAGAAUUCAGUUAACAAGAUACAAGAGUGAAGACAAAACUGUGAGAUUCAAAGAGGCAUCUUCAAGUCUCAGUGACAAACAACUCUCACCGGAAAAAAUAAAGGAAAAGUACAGCUAUGGCUUUUCUCCAGAUUCUGACACAUUCACAGAUGAAAAGUUUCACAGAAAAGCAAGCCGGAAAAUAUCUGUCUAUAAGCGUCAUUGCAAGGAGUAUAGAUAUGCCCGUGGUUGUGAGAGUUUUAAGUAUCAAAUUUCACCCAUUCCCCCAAGUUCUGAGUCUUCCACCUCAAAUGUAUCAUCACGUGUUGGCAGCCCAAAUUCUAAGAGUCUGAAGUCUGCCACAAGACAGAAGACUCGAAGAAGUAUUACAUUUGAUUUGGAUGUGGAAACUCAAAGAUGUGCCAGAUGUUUUAUGGAAAUUAGUGACUCUUCUUUUCAUAAAUGCCCCACAAAUUCUGAUGAUUCUGACUCUGACUCUCCUUUACAUGGCCAGAUUUCCUUAGAUUCUAAAUAUUCUCUGAGAUCUAAAACUGUUAGACACUUUAAGACUUCUCGAAAUAACCCUUUAUCUCGAUCCCUGGAUCCUAAACAUCGUGUGGGCAACCGCUGCUCUCUGCACAGGGAAGAUUUCAGAUAUUCUGUGGAUUCCACCUCUUAUAUACAUUGUGAAAGAUGUUCAGCUCUCCAAAAUCUUAAGGGCUCUGUUGAUACCCACACCACUCCUAUGAAAUCUGAACAAAUCAUGGGUCAACAUAGUACCUAUGGCUACAUAAUGUCAACACCAGAAAGAGUGUCUGAAAGUGGACUGUCUGCUCAACCUCAAAAUAAGGAUAAUCCAGAUGACAGUGCUAGAAAUAUCAAAGAUGAGGCUGAUGUUGAAGAGGAACUUCUUUCCAAGGAUGAGACAGAUCAAGAAUAUGAGACAAAUACUGAAGAUGAAACAGAUGCUGAAGAUGAAACAGACACUGAAGAUGAAGACAAUAACAAAGAUAAGAAAGAUCCCAAAGACAAAUCGGAUCCUGAUGGCAGUGAUCCUAAAGAUGGGAACUCUGAAAAUAAUACUGAUAGUAAUACUGGGUCUGAUCCCAGUGGUGCUUCUGGGCCUACAAGUGGACCUGAUUCCAGCAAUGAUGGUGACUCUAAAAAUGUAACUGAUCACAACAAUGAAUCUGACCCUGCCAUGGAAAAUGCCUCAAACAGUGAUGUUAACUUGGAAUAUAGCACCGAUUUAGACAAUGCUUCUGAUCUGUCAGAAGAUUUCAAUCAGCAAAAUAAUGUUGACACCAAGGGUAGCACAAAUCCAAACUCUGCCUCUGGAAACAAAAAUAGAACUGUGAUGGACUAUAUUUCUGGUUCCAACAAUGUUGUUGCCAUCGCUAGAAAUGACACUGGACAAGGAAAUAAUAUUUUCUCUGAGAACAUUAGACCAAUUUCCAAUAGUCUUGACUUCACCCAAAGUGAGAAUGAUCCCAACAACAAUCCCAGCCCUUCAAACAGCCAUGGACUCCUAAAAGAUCUUGAGUCUAUCUAUAAUACCAAACUCAGUAAUGUUUCUAGUCAUGAUGUUGUUAAUCCUAACCAUAUUGUUUACCCUAACUAUGGCACAGAACCUACUAGCACUGCUAUUCACAAAAAUACAGCUACCCUAAAAUAUUAUUCAGACCUUAAUGGUGUCACAGGGUUUACGUACGAAGUAAGGUCAAGUUUUCUAGUCAACCCAAACUAUUUUGGCAGAAAGAAAUACACUAUUAGACCCAGCUUUGCACGUAGCAUUAUCAAUGCCAAUGAUACUAGCAGCAUCACCAGCUAUACUAGCACUAUUAGCUAUCAGUUUACUUCUGGGGAAAAAAAUGCCCCAGAAAAUAAAUAUUUCCCUGGAUUUAGUCAUUUUAAUUGUUUCAACAUUAUCAUCAAAAAUAUUCAGAAUGCUCAUAAUUCUCCUAGUACCAGCAAUAUUAACAUUCCCUAUGAUGCUGAAGUGAAAGCCAGUUCCAUAUCUUCUAUUUUUAAAAUUGUUUAUGGAACUGUCUCAGAUUUUAUUGCUGACACAAACUGUACUUCUUAUCCUGAUUUUUUGAUAACCUCUGAAUUUUAUGAUCCUCUUGAACUUGGUAGAGCUUAUAUAAUUUUUGAUAACCAGAAUGUUGGUGCUCAGUUCCAAAACUCCACUGGAUACACGUACCCUGAUAUUUCUAAGUAUGCCACUGGGUCAGUGGACGCCCUUGAUGCCAAAGAAUCUGGCUUUUUAAAAGAUUUUUCUAGGGUCCAGAAUCCAAUUGGCAUCAAGGAUCCUUCUUCUUUCAAGAUUCUUUCCAAUCAAAAUAUUCCACUCUCUAGCUUUGAUGUUAUAGUGGAAGCUGAGCUGCCAGAUCUUGUGAAGUUUGCUAUAUCAUCAGGUGCUGUGAAUCAAUUAUUUAAGUUCCUUGACAAUAGUGCUUCAGGAGGUGAAGUCAGAUCUUUGGCAGCAUCUAUGAGAGAAAUUGCUAAAAGAUAUUCUGAGGCACCCGCAAGGGGACCUGCUUCGCGACCUGAAAGAGGACGACCUGUCAGACUUGAAAGGGGUUAUGCUGAAAAUCCUGCUACAGUUCUUGCUGUGAGACCUGCUCAAGGACGAGCAACGAUUCCUGCAAGGGGCUAUUCCAUGAGCCCUGCAAGAGGAUACACUGAGAGAUGUGGGAGAGAACGCGCUCAGAGUCUUGCAAGAGGAUACAAUGAGAGACAAGCAAGGGCAAGAACCGUGAGUCCUUUCCGGAUGCGUCCUGUGAGUUCUGCACAGGGAAGUGCUCUGCAACAGGCGCGAAGACUUCCCAUGAGAAAUGAAGAAGAAUUUCUUCUGGGAGCUGCAGUGGGACUUACUGUGAAAUCAGCAGAAGGAUAUGAUGAAGAAACUUACAGACCUACCAGACAAUCUAGCCAGUAA